AUUGGCCAUGCGUGCUCCACCCACUUACACCCGACGUUGCGCAUUUGCUUGACCUUGUGCGAGACCAAGUGAAAGAAAAUAUACCAGCGGCUGAAACAGAUUGGUUGUACUUGUUUGGUGGCUUCGGGAGCACCUGGGAACAUGUUGGGUGCCGUGAUACUAAAGCAGUGUGGAAGACGAGUGUUUUCCACCAGUACUCGAAGCAACGUCAACCGAGUUCUUGAGAAGCAAAAGUUAUAUCAGGCGAAUGACCACCCAGUGCACCUGAAGGGAGGAAGUGGAGACCGUCUGCUGUACAUGUUGACCAUGGGCAUAACCGUCUUUGGUUCAAUGGGGGUUGUCGGAAGCCUCGUAUGGAUUGCCUUUCCUCACAACAAGUGAAGGUGUCAGCGUGAAUUGCAGACAACUCUGCAACUGCUCACACAGACAACAGAUGUGCACCUCAGUCACCGCUCUGUGCCUCUUGCACCAGUAGUAGCCACUUAUGAACAUAUAUUGUUUUCGUUGUGUUGAAAACACCACUGUGACUUGGUAUUAAGGUUACUAUGAGCUUUUAAAAAUGCCUAAUGAAUAUAUUGUUAUAUUCGAUUAUUGGAAAUUGAGGCAAUAAAGACAUUUCAGCCAUAA